AACCCAAUCGGUUGGUGGUUGCGUCGCGUUGUGUCGGAGGUUGGAGUUGGAGCGUCUCGCGUGCGAGAGGAUCUGAGCGGAGAAGGCCAUGGAGGAGAGUAAUUAGCGGUUGCUGGGUCGGGAGGAGGUGGUGUGGUUUUGAUCGUAGUCGCGUUUGCCGGGGCUCGAUUUCGAUCAGAAAACUUUUUUUACCGGAUAUUCUUGGGUGGGUGUGUUUUUGGGCCGCAAAUUGUUAUCGCCGGUGUUCGGGGCUCGAUUUUGAAGAAGAACCCAAUUUAUUAGGGGGGAAAUUUCCUGCUUUUGUUUUCGGGGCAAUGGUUUUGGACUCCCAGACGCUUCGGAUUAGAGAAUUUUUGCCCCAAUAACGAGCCAUUUUUUCAGUUGUGCUACUCGUCAAUCAAUCCAGUGAUUCUGAACUCUGAAAGAAAGAAGAAGCUUUCCUAAUUUUCGUGCUCACUGUGUCCAAAAGCUUUCCGUUGGAUCUACUUGUGAAUCGGUUCCUUUUUUUUUUAAUCUGAGAUAUCCUUGUCGCUUUAGGUUUUCGACUCGGCAGAUCCAAGGGAACGACGAAUUUGCCUGAUUUCUCCGCGAUUUUUGGUCCGAUCGAGAGGCUCCAAGCCUCUUUUUUUCUCGCGAGGAGAAGCAAGGGUUUUCCUUUUUUUUACGCCAUGUCCAUGGCGCUGAGCCGCUUCACGCAAUGGCUAUGGCCGGGGAGCGCCGCGGCGCCGGUGGCCGCCCACGAGCACCCCAACGAGGGGCUGACGAGCUCCUCCUUCCCGGACUUCCCCUCCGGCUUCCGGGAGCCCGACACCGUCACGUUCUACACCGGCAGGGGCGCCGGCGGCCGCCGCGCGCGCCCGAGGAGGGUCAGGAACCGGCGCCGCAGCCGCGGUGAGCCCCGUGUCGACCGGGAGUACGACAUGGUCAUCGUCCCGUCCGACGGCGGUGGGUGCCUCUCCGGCUCUGACUCGGACGACUCCGACUGGUCCAUCGGCUGGCUCGAGCCACAGGCACCGGAGCUUCAGACGGAUGGCGACCCCGAGAACUGCUUCGCCGUCCUCGUGCCCUGCUACCGCCACGGCCGCCAAGAGCAGCAGCCCGGGAGGCACGAGGGCAGGUUUCUUGGCGCCGGCACCCUCACCAAUGGUGGAUUCUCUGAUGGAAAGAAUUUUGUAGAGCAGUGGCUUUCUUCUCUCCAGAACUAAUACCGUCCGACCUGUCCUAGCUACCCUGUAAAUAGUAUCACUCUGUUUUGUUCUACUACGUUUGUCCUAGUCGCAGAAUGUAUCGAUGAAGGAAGACAUGGAAAAGCCCUAAAAAAA